AUGGCUUUUGCAUCACUACAAAGUGUUAGCGUACAAGAUGAACUCUCUAGGCAGCAUUAUCCAACCAUCACCGUUGAUCAAUCUGGGCAUGGAAAUUACCAGACUAUCCAAGCAGCCAUUGAUUCUGUUCCUCUCAACAAUCAGAAUUGGAUCAUCAUCAAAGUCAAAAGUGGCACAUAUAGUGAACGAGUGAGAAUUCCAAAAGAGAAGCCAUAUAUUUAUCUCAAGGGAUCAAAAAAAACGAAUGUGAUUUGGGAUGUUCAUGGGUCAAUUCAAAACGCCACUUUCACCGUUGAAGCUGACAACAUAGUUGUGGAAUCCUUGACCUUCACAAAUUCCUACAACUACCCGCCGGAAACGACCAAGAACCCAAGGGAGGUGGCGGUGGCCGGAAUCUUCGCCGGCGACAUGAUAGCCGUAUAUAACUGUAGAUUCAACGGCUGGCAAGACACAUUGUGGGAUACAUUUGGACGCCAUUACUACAAAGAUUGCACUAUUGCUGGAGCCGUUGAUUUCAUCUUUGGUGAAGCCCGCUCAAUCUAUGAGGAUUGUAUUAUAGAGGUAAAUGCGGGAGCUCUGGAGUAUGGAUGGGCAGGUUACAUCACAGCAAAUGCAAGACAGAGUGCUGAGGAAAACACUGGAUUUGUGUUCAAGAAUUGCCAAAUUGUUGGAAAUGGAAAGGCCUUCUUGGGGAGGCCAUGGCGGAGUUACGCCACUGUCAUAUUUUUCCGAACAAACAUGGAAAAUGUCAUUGUUCCAGAAGGAUGGACUAAUACAUUCGCUGUCAUCAACUCCGACCUCGCGCCCUCCCCCUCCCCCGCCCCGGCCCCGCCCCCCAACGCCGACCCUUCAAAGCUGACCUUCGUAGAGUAUGGGUCUAAAGGGCCAGGAUCACACAAGAAGAAGCGAGUGCCAUGGCUAACCAAGUUGAGUUCUAAGCAGCUGAAGUGGUAUACAAGCUUGUCCUAUGUUAAUGAUAAUGGCUGGAUUGAAGGCCAACCCUACACCUCCGCCGUGCUACCUUAA